AAAAAAAAGGGAAGAAAAACAGUAUAACGGAAGCCCUAAAUUUAUCAAACUUGGAACCGGAACGAUGGUAUUUUCGCCAGCCAUGGCACUUUUUGCCGGUCCUGCCUCUGCUUCCACUUGCACUCCCACAUUCCACCUCCUUGACCUCCAAUCCCCAUCCUCCCCUCGUUCCUUCCCAUUCCUCCUCUCCAAACCCUCUCCCAGACCCACCUUCCUUUGCCAUUCCUCCCCCACUAAGCCAUCCCCUCCCACCCCCAGCUCCGCCAAAACCGAAUCCACCACCCCCUCUCUCUCCGACCAGCUCCGCCCCCUCUCCCUCACUCUCCUCAAAGACAAAGACUACGCUUCUUCCACCUCCCAUUCCCUCCCCCCCAAGCCCAAGCCCACCUGGGUCAACCCCUCCAAGCCCAAGCCCUCCGUCCUCUCCCCCCACCGCCACCGCCGCCCCACUUAUUCCCUCAACCCCGACCUCAGACACCUCUCCCUCCUCUCCCGCUCCCUCCGCCAAGCCCCCGACGACCCCGCCGCCUUCGCCGCUGCUCUCACCGAGGCCUUCCCCCACCCUCCCUCCCGAGAAAACGCCCUCUUCGUCCUCAACUCCCUCCGCUCAUGGCCCAAAGCCCUCCAGUUCUUCGACUGGCUCAAGACCCACGCCGGCGAAUCCCCCCUCGAUGCCAUCCUCUACAACGUCACCAUGAAGUCGCUGCGCGCCGGCCGGCAGCACGACCUCGUCGAGCACCUCGCCCAGGAGAUGAUCGACCGCGGCGUCCCCCUCGACAACGUCACCUACUCCACCAUCAUCACCUCCGCCAAGCGGUGCUCCCGGUUCGACAGAGCCGUCGAGUGGUUCGAGAGGAUGUACAGAACCGGGGUCAUUCCCGACGAGGUCACCUACUCGGCCGUCCUUGAUGUGUAUGCUCAAUUGGGCAAGCGGGAGGAGGUGAUGACAUUGUAUGAGAGGGCCCGGGCUGGAGGAUGGACGCCGGACCCUGUCGCCUUUUCGGUGCUCGCUAAAAUGUUCGGCGCGGCCGGGGACUAUGACGGGAUUCAGUACGUGCUGCAGGAGAUGAAGAGCCUGGGCGUGAAGCCCGAUCUAGUGGUCUACAACACUUUGUUGGAGGCAAUGGGGAAGGCUGGGAAGCCGGGGCUUGCCAGGAGCCUGUUCGACGAAAUGGUGGCGGCCGGCCUGUCGCCUAAUGAGAAGACGUUGACCGCACUGAUCAAGAUUUAUGGCAAGGCGAGGUGGAAUCGGGACGCACUGGAGCUUUGGGAGCGAAUGAGGUCCAACAAAUGGCCGAUGGAUUUCAUCCUCUACAACACAUUGCUGAGCAUGUGCGCCGAUCUUGGACUGGAGGGAGAGGCUGAGAAACUGUUUGAGGAUAUGAAGCGGCCCGAGCGUGGUACCCGGCCAGAUAAUUGGAGCUACACUGCAAUGAUCAACAUAUAUGGGAGUGGAGGGAAGGCAGAGAAGGCAUUGGAAUUGCUCGAAGAGAUGUUGGAGACUGGAGUCGAGCCAAACAUUAUGAGCUACACCUGUUUGAUCCAGUGCUUGGGGAAGGCUGGGAGGAUAGGAGAUGCCAUGAGGGUGUUUGAGACCUCAGUGGAAAGAGGUGUCAUACCGGACGAUCGGCUUUGUGGAUGCUUGCUUUCACUUGUGGCUUUGUGCCAAGAAGGGGAGAUGGAGAUGGUACUCACAUCCUUGGAGAAGGCUAAUCCCAGGCUGGUUGAGCUGAUAAAGAUGCUCCGGAAGGAAGAAGUUAGCUUCAAUGAGGUCCAAGAGAAAUUCCGUGGGAUGCUGAAUGAUGCCACCGUGGAGGCUCGGAGGCCCUUCUGCAAUUGCCUGAUAGAUGUAUGCAGGAACCAUGGUUUUCCUUCGCAGAGGGCUAAUCAACUUUUGCAUCUCGGAACCAUUUAUAGGUUAUAUCCUCAUUUGCAUACAAAGAGUUCCGACGAAUGGUUGCUGAACCUGCGAUCGCUGUCUUUUGGUGCGGCCAAUACUGCUUUCGAAGAGUGGAUAAAAAGUUUAUCAGAUUCUGUGGAGAAGAAGGAAGUGUUGCCUCAAUACUUCUCUAUUAAUACUGGUGCUGGAACCCACAGAUUCUCGCAGGGAUUGGCCAGUGCUUUUGCCUCACGUUUGGAGAAAUUAGCUGCACCAUUUAGGAGGAACGAAGAAAUGAGUGGUAAUUUUGUUGCUUCCAGGGAGGAUUUUAUAUCAUGGGUACAGUCCGGAGCUCCUGCAGUUUUUACUGCAUUGUAGGAGAAGGUAAUGAUGAUUGUUUUGUUUUUGAACUGUAAUCCUUGUUCUGGAAUGCGAAAUCUAAUGCAGAUGAUGUGCAAGUUUCUUAG